AGAGAGUUGUAAGAAUGUCUAGGUGCUUGUCAACUUCUUCAUAUAUAUAUAUCUGCAGUAGUUGAAACAGCGAAGGCGGAACUACCGGUAGACCUCUUUCCGAGCAACAUGGGAAAGGGGAAAGGAAGAGGGGGACACCGCGGUGGCUGCCAGUUGGAUACAGUUUCAGCGCUGACGUGCUGUCUGUGCUUCAUCCUCUUCGCCGGGCCCAUCCUAAUUGCCGUCGGCGCGGGCAUCUUGUCCCAGGCAUCGCGCGACCAGCAUGGCCGCAACAUAGCCUCCAUCCAGUCCGCGGUUGACGCCUGGCUCAACGCCUCCUCGCCCAACGGCUGGCAGCAGUUCCAGAAGCUGAGGCUGUUUGCGGAGGUCGCCCCCGGCGCGGAUGCGGAGUACUGCAAAGCCUCUUCCAUGGAACUGCAGGCUGACACAGUGCGUGGGGACGUGUACCAGGACGACGCGGCUCCUCUCUUCCAGGAGACGCAGCAGUUGCGCUUCGUGUCGCCGGGCAUCAGCUUCAUCAGCGCCGCGAGCUGCCAGAUGCAGAUCCGGCUGCUUCAGCUGCUGCCGGGCAGGACCACCAACGUCACGCUGGUCGAGUUGACAGACAUAUUCUACGGCAGCAGCUACUAUAGCAUUCAGCUGGAUAAGGCCAUCGGCGGGCCGUACAGCUGCCCCACUACGAGCGACACGUGUGCGUACAGCAAUUAUGCCAAGAGCUGUGCGGGCAAUUGUCAGUACUUUGGCGGUGUCUUCAGCUGCAACAACGGCGGACAAUUCAUGUGCACCAAACCGUCUGUGUUCUUUGACAACCUGGCGGUCAAGGUCGCCUACAACACCACCGCCGACACCGGCCCCAGCGGUGCCUACCUGCCGGACAUGGCGGUUCCGGGACCGGGGCGCGGAGCCAAUGUCCUGCCCGCUGGCUUUUCGCGCACCGGGGCACCCGGCGGCUACCCUGGCGCCAACAGCAGCAGCAGCAGCAGCAUGGGCUUUGGAUCGCUGUUCCAGGUCCCCAACAUGGGCCCCAGCGGGCCGCCCGCCACCUUCACCCUCACCGUGCGCUCCUCCGCCGACCCCUGGCUGACCUACAUGGCGGUGACGGAGGGGUCAGGGCGGCUGGGGGUGCCCAAGCGUGUGUUGGUGGGAGUGGGUGUGUUGACGCUGCUGGUGGGCUGCACGGGGACGCUGUUCUGGUGUGCGGUGAGCGUCUGCGUGUGGCGGAUGCUGUGCAGCCGCAACCGCCCAACCGAGCGGCCGCAGGGCAUGGCCGGAUAUGCGUGGGACCUGGCGAACAGGUUUGGGGGCUCCUACGCUCCGGCGUUGGGUGUGCCCGUCCCCACCAGCGGCCCGGGCGGCUACCCCACCGCGCAGCCACUGUACGCCCAGCAGCAGCCGCAGCCCCUGGGGCCCUACGACUACACGUACGGGGGCUACGGCAACCCCAGCGCCAGCGCCAGCCAGCCGGUCACCGGCUACCCGUACCCCGCCUACCCGGCCCCCUACGGCCAGCCGCCGCAGUACCCCCCGCAGCCCGCAGGCGCCUACCCGCCCUACCCGGUCGCC